AUGACUCGGAAUCUGCAUGACAACAAUGGCCUACCCGAGUUUGUCCAUGUCCCAGGUUCAGGGGAUCCUGGAAUAUGGAUGGCCACUAUAUACCCUGACCCAGAAAGUGAGGGAUCCGCCUCAUCACCGAUGCGGAUACCUUCCCAUUUGAAAGAGAAAUGGGUGAACAAGGAUCAUAACGAACCUGAUCACUUUCUCAAGCCACGGAAUCGACCUCCUGAUGAUGAGGCUAACAGGAGUGAGGGUUUACAGAAGACCAUCAUCGAAAUAGACCGGGUUCAAGACGAGGGAAUGUCUCCGUAA